AUGGUGCCGCCUUAUAGCAACGGCAACGGCUACGGCUACCCGUCGUCUUCCCUGCCUACAUCUUCCUCCUAUGAUUACGGCUACAGGAAUAAUAACGAACCCCAAUCCAUCUGCGACGAGAUACUCGCUUGUUUCGGAGUUAUGUUGGGGCAAUUCUGGGGAUACAUAAAUGGACGAGGUCGACAAGUAGCUUGGAGCUGGGUUAUGAAGGCAGCGCAUCAAAUUAGGAAGAAUAUGACCCGGCAACGUCUCUUGAGCUUCCCGCAUCUGCUCGUAGCUCUCUGGAUACUUGUUAUACUGUGGGGGGAACGCUGGGCAUUCGCAAAUCGAAUACGGAGUUGCGACUGGGACCAUUGGGAAGAUUGGCCAGCUGGAGUAACUCCGCAUCGAUUAAUAUUCGUCGCCGAUCCCCAAAUUAUAGAUCCUCACUCCUACCCCGGUCGCCCGUGGCCCCUCAACCCCCUCACCAUGACCAUAACCGAUAACUAUAUGCGGCAAUCAUAUAUACAAUUACAGAAGCAAUUACGUCCAGAUACUGUCAUCUUUUUAGGAGACCUUUUUGACGGUGGAAGAGAGUGGAAGACGAGAAACGGGGACUUCGAAGAUCCAGAAUGGGCGAAAGACCACCGGCCAGCCGAAGAGAGAAAAUAUUUGAAGGAAUGGAAUAGAAAAUACGGGGAUAAUUACUGGCUUCAAGAGUAUGCGAGGUUCGGCAACAUAUUCUACGACAAAUGGAAUCUUGGGGGUGUUUUCCCUGGCCCGGGACAGCGGGGACGAAAACUCAUCUCAGGUUUACCUGGGAAUCACGAUUUAGGUUUUGGAGCUGAGGUAAAGGUUCCCGCAAGGCAUCGAUUUAAUGCAUAUUUCGGAGAGAUGAACAGGGUUGAUGUCAUCGGAAACCACACUUUUGUGUCUGUAGACACACUGUCUCUGAGCGCUAGUACUUCAAGCAUGAGAGGCCAAGUCGAUCUACAGCCUAUCUACGGUCCAGUCGAACAAUUUUUGAAAGAAGUUCAGGCGACGAAGCGAAGGGCUGUUCAGAAGGAGUUGCGGUUUUGGAGGGGUGAAGUAGAGGAGCUAGCUUUCGAGCACAAAGUCGAAGAUAUCGAAACAGCAGACUAUAGUAACUUGCCGACCAUAGAUCCAGGAGAGGGUGCACCUGAUCUCCCCACCGUCCUCUUAACGCACGUACCUCUAUACCGAGAUCCAGGAACACCCUGCGGCCCGAUGAGAGAGCACUGGCCUCCGGCAAACCCACCCAAAGGCCAGACAGGCCCCGUAAUCCCGGAUCACCGAAAUGCCAUUAGCGUCUCAGGCGGUUAUCAAUACCAGAAUGUACUAGAUCCCAAAGAUUCCGAAAGGCUGAUCAAGAGCAUCGGCAACGUUAUACAUGCCUUUUCCGGAGAUGAUCAUGAUUAUUGCGAGGUGGUACACCUACCGGAGCAGGGAAGCGUCCGCGAGAUCACGGUCAAGAGUUUCAGCAUGGCUAUGGGGGUGCCGACGCCGGGUUUCCAGAUGGUUUCUAUGUACAACCCCAUUGAUGAUAAGGGAAAUCCUCUUCCGGGCUCCCCAAAGACUACACUGCAAACUCACCUCUGCUUACUCCCACAACAGCUCUCGACCUACAUGACGUACGCCGCCCUUGGCGUGUUAACGGUACUGAUACUCGUAGCGCGCGCCUUCCUCCUCCCCGUCUUCAAUCUUCAACCAUUCGCCUUUGAACCUGUUCAACACCCGUCAUCAGCAUUACUCCCAAUAUUCAAAGCCAAGACCGAAGGUGACGAUAGGUUCGCUUCCGACAUGACGCCAACUUCGUCAAGGACAUCUUCGUCAAAGUUCCCCUCGGCCCGCGUGUCGUCCACAAGACCACGCGGCCAAUCUAUAAAUAACGGUCUAGCAUCACAAGCACGCGCCGCUUCACCCAAUACCAAAGCGAAAGCUAACUCCGGGAAAUGGGGAUGGGGUCAGAAUAAGGGCCCUCGCAUAGAAAUUAGGAGGGAUGCUUAUUACGACGAUAAAGAACGCAGCAGUGACACGUGGAAACCGGCGUCGCGGUCGCGAAAUACGCUGGGAGUCGUUGGUAGGGAGAUAUGGACAACGACCUGGCGCGUGGUGUGGAUGGCGUUACUAUUUUUCGCGUACCUCAUGUAUAAGGGGUAA